AUGUUCAGCCGUCUCUCUCUCGCAUUCAUCCUUGUCGUUGCGGCCAUAUUCUGCGCACAGUCCGUAGAGGCUGCCAAGGGCCCAAAAAUCACCAAUAAGGUGUACUUUGACCUUAAGCAUGGGGACAAGGACCUCGGUCGAGUUGUUAUGGGUCUCUACGGCGGUACCGUUCCCAAAACUGUUGAGAACUUCCGCGCUCUUGCUACCGGUAAGAACAAGGAUGGUGAAGAACUCGGCUUCGGGUACAAGGGCUCCAAGUUCCACCGUGUUAUUAAGGAUUUCAUGAUUCAAGGUGGUGACUUCACUCGCGGUGACGGCACCGGCGGAAAGUCAAUCUAUGGCGACAAAUUCCCUGACGAGAACUUCAAACUCCGCCACACCGGUCCUGGUACACUUUCGAUGGCUAACGCUGGAAAGGAUACCAACGGCUCUCAAUUUUUCAUCUGCACCGUCGUCACAAGCUGGCUUGAUGGACGCCAUGUCGUUUUCGGAAAGGUCAUCGAGGGUAUGGAUAUCGUCCACCAAGUUGAAAAUGUGGCCAAAGGUGCUAUGGACCGACCUGUUGAGGAUGUUGUCAUCGUCGACUCUGGCGAGAUCCCGUUGGAGAAAGAUGCCGAAGGCAAUGAGGAGCACACUGGGGACAUUCAGACUUCUACAAAAGCGGCGGAACCAGCACAGAAGGAGACUGCCGAUGAGACGCACGUCGUUAAGACCGACGUCGCCGCCCCAGUGAUCACCAAACCCGCUACUAACAUUGUCACUGAGGAGCCGGUUACCACCCCCGAGGUCGACGAGGACGCUUUCACCUUCGGCAACUUUUUCUUUGUUGCAGUAUUUUUGGCUGCAGGGGCAGGUUUGUUCGUCUACCUAGGCGGUUUGCGCUGGUUGCAAAGGCUCCGCGGCGGGGAAGACGUCAAGUACAACCGUGUUGGAGACGACGACGUGGAGAAGUAA